CUCCACUUUAAUUCUCUGCUGCUCAUAGACUGUUGGUUUUCAAUUUCUUGGUGAUGUCUUGUAAUUGCGAACGCCGAACGGUCCCUUUCCCAUCCAAUUAUGGUAUAGCAGGGCUCGAGUCCAUGACGACGACUAUCAUAUGCACCGCGUAAGGCCAUGAAUUCCAGAUGACUAUCCGCCCCCUUGAGAAUUGUCAGGGUUCAUUCUACAGCCCACACAGGCCGCGUGUCGACGACGGUAGAAGCAAUGGAAUGAAUGACCGACCCGAUAAGAUAGUCAAAGCCAUCAAUGAAGUAAUUGACGGUUGUCAUCCUUUGAAGCUCAAUUUGAAGCUGUGGUGGUGUCGCGCCAGAGUCGGCAGUUUGGAACGCAACACCUGUUCCUGUCCCAGUCCCAGUCCCAGUCCCAGACACUCACCAAAUCUCUGGGUGAUGCCUGUCUCCCAGCCGUGGAUGCCUUACGGUGCCAUUCCCGUCAAGGAGUCAGCCACCCGUCAGCCACUGGAACUUUCCAGUGACUCUCAUAGUGACACAGAUGUAACUAUCCCUCCACGCUUCCAACGAGACGAUCAUGCACUUCUUACUCGAUUGAACCUUCGUCUUCUGACACCUGUGACAGUGAUCAGCCCUAUUGUAGAGUUGAGAUGACGUCGUGGCAGCGUCGUUUUGAACUGAAACCCCAAUGAUUGUCGAGCUGACACGAACCACGAGUUUAGAUUCCUUGCUCACAAAGUUGGUGAUCAUCACCAAUCGAAUGAGCUU